AUGGAAGUAAAUGCUACAAAUACUACAGAAGGCUCAACUUUAACUACAGUUUUAUCUCCCUCUCUUUCGGCUAGUACUACUAACUCUUCAGUUACUUCUCCAACACCAACAAUAAAUACUCAAAAUAUGACUGUUACUACAUUAAGUCAAGAAAUAACAUCAGGUUCCACUAAUUCAUCCCUAGAAGGUAAUGGAACAGUUACGACAUCUUUGACACCAGAGUCACAUUCUACGGCAUCUAAUUCAUCAUUAAUAUCAUCCGCUGUUGUUCUACCAACUUCAUCUGCUUCAGCAACUGCAACUAUUAAUCCAUCUUCAACCAUACCGGAACAAACAUCUAUGACAUCUUCUGUUUAUAUAAACGGUACCGCACCUGAUAAUGCAACAGAAAAAGCUACAACCAUUAGUCAUGCAAAUGGAUCUAACCAUCUUUCCACACAUAAUACUAUAACUCCUAACAAUUUAAAUAUCAGUUCAACUACAUCAGCUCCUAGUACGACUAUAGGGAAUGAUACACAAUCUACUCAAGUAUCUCUACAAAAUUCCUCAACUCCUUCCCAAGCUUUCCAAACAGUUUCACCUGCAACUGCAAUUCAAGCUUUUAUAGGUGCAUCAUCCCUUUCUUUUACUUCUUUUAUUUUUUGCGCUAUUAUAUUUUUUAUUAUAAUACAAAUAGUUUAUUACCGCUGUAAAGACAAAAAAAAAAAAAGAAAUAAACAAAGAGAAUGA